AUGCUUAUCUCGACGCCCUCCGAUCUUGCUCCUCCAGCACUUACUAAGACUAAGUCCUCGAGCCGACUCCCUUUCUACAAUCGAGAAGUGUACAACUUCAAUCGGACCAUGCGGCAGAAGAAUCUCUAUCAGCACCAGAAGCAGCGAGUUAUGGCAGUGGUGCUGUACCGAGAGGAUCUUAGAGACCUCUUUGGGCUGACAAUAGGCAAAAUGGACUGCUAUAUGCUUGUGAGUACUUUGCUCGUUGGCUUCUGUACGGAGAUGUUCUACAAGGGAAGAACGCCUCUUCUGGCUCCAAACUGGCUCUUCUGGCCUUGGUCAAUCACGUUAGGUGCUGCAUUUUUCUACUUCUUCCUUUCUAUCUGGCUGGCUCUGCAUGCCUCCAUUUCGGCCCAGACCUAUUCAGUGAGGUCACUAACCCAAUGGUUGCGGUUGCCCGUGGCCAGCUCCAUGGAGAUCUCUGAGGGCUCAGCCAGACUGGAAGACUUCGAAGGUUCUGGUGUUGGCGGCUGGUUUCGUGUCCCUGUGGUAACGGAGUAUGCCAGAGAGAGCAACCUUAAAAUUCCCGGUCUCGAGCAUAAGGAAGUGAAAGGGAAGAAUGAAAUAAGGGAUCUGACCACCGAAUGGGAUACGUUCAAGCAGCACUUUGCGUUAUUCAACCAACUGCAUAGGAAAUGGCAGGGCCAUGAGGCUUAUGCUAGGGUGUGUAUGUGUAUGGGUACUCUACAAUUCCUGUACGCUCUGGCAUACUUCGCGCUGUUGUACUGGGGCUACUUCUGGGAGAAUCCACUUGCAGCUUACGUUAUAGUAACGUUAUGUUCGGUGGCCGCUCUACUCAAUGCUAAGAUGAACCUUACCGUCAACUUCACAGAAUUCUGCAUUAUGGCGUUCCUCACAGCCGUACCGCCUUUCCUCUAUUGUGCCGCAGUCCUUUGUGAGUACGAGUGGGGUAACAGCUUCAACGUCGAGUUGCCUCAAGUCAACGAGCGACCGGCCCUCAUCUUUGCUCUGUCGGCGCAUAUCAUGGGCCUCCUCUACGAGAUGUUCUUUGUGUACUUGACAGUGGCUGACAAGAAUGGUCUUCCUGUGAAGUUCUCUACGGUAUGGUGUAUAGAUGUACUCGGCUUUGGACUGGAGACUAUAAAGGAAGUCCAUGAGCCAGUUGCUGAACCAAAGAUUAUCAACUCCUCGGGGUUGCCUGGUUUCACCGAGGAGGGGCCCAUCAAUGACUGGGGAGUUCAUAAGCCUACUGGGCAACAGGACGGAGCUAAGACUGGGGAAUAUCAUCCUGACAUUUCGAAGGACCUCAAAUACGCCUGUAAGAAGGCUGAGAAGGACAUGCAGAAAAUGUUCAGGCAUUGGGCUAAGGAAGAGCACCUUUUAUCGGACUCGGAGAAGAAAGAGCUGACUAAGCUGAAGGGUAGAUUCGAGAAGGAUAGGAAGAGGUUGGCGCAGUUGUUGGACGAGGAACGAGGGAAGGGCGAUGCUACGCCGGGAACUCCAUUCAACCCCACUGAGGGGUGGAUCAGGCUGGGCUAUAAGACUGAGGCUGGGGAGAACCUCCCGUACUACCUAAAUGUGGAAACCGGCGAGAUCAAGUGGGAUUCCCCCACUGGAGAUGCGGGUAUUUAUGACUACAAGGAAACUACCAAGUCCGUAGAGUCGCAGUUGAGGCAGUUCGAAUUGAAGUCUAAGGCCUUGCUGGACCAGGAGAGGGCGGCUAUUCAGGCUGCGACUGAUGCGAGUCACCGGGAGAAGGUGAGGGUACCCUACAUGUUGUUCCGGUUCGGUAGUGUCGUGAUAAUGGCCGCUUGGUUGUUUGCAAUAGCCGAGACCAGCGCUGAGGUGUCCUUGAAGUAUGACCCAUCGUUUAACGAGAGGAAUGUUCAUGAGCGUAGACUGAAGAUGGUCACCAAUGGUGAAGCUAGUGGCCCUUUUGAGAUCACUUAUGCUGGCAAGGAGGCCUUGAGGUUCCCUGAGCAUUUCGUAUGGUACACUCCCCGUAAGAUGGGAUGCAGUAAUAAUAAUGGCAAAGCUGUGCUGGCGGACUUUCAUUCACUCCGUGAAGUAUCUGGUCCUGUCGUAUCGUCGUCACCAUUGAAGUGCGCUGUGGCCAGUAAAUACGUCAAAGACAAGGAGAUCAAGGACGUCACUGUUAGAGGGGAUGAGGUCUUCGUCCUUCUUGACGAUAAUCAGUUGUACUCCUGUGCGACUGGUGACUCUGUGCUUCAAAGCUUGCCAGUAGAGGUAGCGUCCAUCGCAGCCAUCACUGCUAGGGGUGAUGGAGACUUCGCUCUGGUGUCGUCCUUCGAUGGUAAGCUCUACGUGGGCUCUCCUUCUACUGGUAAAUGGAGGUCGGUAACACGGCCUAUCAGCGGCGACUACAAGGCCUGCACGUCCAUACAGGAGACCUCUGCUGGUGAUAUUGUACUCCUUCUGCCUGAGGAACGGAUGAUGCACGUAUUCAAUUCUCGAGGACUGUUCGUGGGAGCCCAGCCCAUCCCGCUUGGUUACAUUUCCGGCUGUGGCGAUCAGCUAUUGGCCCAGUCCGAGAUGACAGCACGUUUAUCCAUCGUUAAAGGCCUCCGGAUUACCCCGUCGUCACUCUAGCCAGCGGCUUUUCGUACUCGCUCAUGUUGUGUCGGUGCUGAUGAUGAGAUCAUUGCUGUUUAUAUACAAUCAUCUGCAUUAUUGCAACGUCUUCCUUUACUAGGAACUCUAUAGUUUCGGAGUACUGCCAGAACAUUGGUACAUC